ACAAGUUUCUACAGUCUAUAACCUCACAAGUGUGGGCAAGUAGCUUGGCCUGUCGAACUGCUGGUGGUUCAAAACCACCUUUACAGCAUUCAAUGGCCAAAGAAGCGACCAAGGAAGAACGUGACCAGAUCUUCAAGGAACUCAAGCAAAACCGACACAACAAGUUAUGCUUUGACUGUGGUUCAAGAAACCCAACCUGGGCGUCCGUUACUUUUGCAGUUUAUAUUUGUCAAGAUUGCUCAUCCACCCAUCGCGGUCUUGGUGUCCACAUUAGUUUUGUCAGAUCGAUCGUCCUGGACAUAUGGCAGUGGGAGCACUUGUGGUUAAUGCGUGCAGGCGGUAACCAAGCUGCGCAAGAAUUCUUUUCAAAACACGGCGUAUCUGCAUUGAAUAAGGAUGCUCUCAACAAAUACACUUCAAAAACUGCACAGCAAUACAAGAAGCAACUGGCGCAGCGGGCAAAGACUAUGCAAGAAAGUGUCGCCGAGGACCUGACCGAAGCAGAACCAUCUCUGAUCGAUUUUUCAGGCUCGCCACCUGCGCCAAAGAAUGGCACGACAACUUGGUCAAAGGAGGAGGAGGAUUUCUUUAGUGGUUGGGAAAAAUCAAAGGAUAGCACAACAAAUCCUCAGCAAUCGAACAACCACACUGCUAAAGCGAAAGCAAAUCUAUCAACGGCCAGCCAUACCCGACAGCAAAAGGCAAAGCCCAUGAAAUUAGGUGCUAGACGAAAUGCUGACUUCAACUUUGAGGAGGCGCAGGCAAGAGAAAAGCAAGCAUCGGUCAUGGCGGAAGAGGUUGCAGCAACUGCCAUAUCUCAACCUACUCAUACCUCUUCCAGACUUGCAUAUGCAGGCGAUUUCAAUCAAAACUCAAACAGUUCUUCCGCCGCGGCUAUGCCAAGUUCCAAACAGAAUGGGUCAACCAAUGCACCACAGCGAUUUGGAGGGUUUGGAUUUGUUCCCGACGCCAAUACCAUGGCUAAUGCACAGUCGGUUAAUUUGCCUUCCAGAAUCACCGGUAUGGGUUCAACACCUGAUGUGGAUGAAGUGACCGCCGCACGAGAUCGAUUUACCAAUGCCAAAUCCAUAUCGUCCGAUCAAUACUUCCAACGAGGCAAUUAUGAUCAAACCCUCUCUGCGGAAAACAGUGCCAAGCUUGCUCAGUUUCAGGGCUCCAACAGUAUUUCUAGCGACCAAUAUUUUGGCCGCCCAGAGUUCACAGAAUCGAGUCGUCGGAUAUCGUCUGAAUUUGAUGCCAGUGAUUUGACGAAAAAGUUUCUCCGUGGCGCUAGUCGAGGUGCAUCCAAGCUGCAGCGCAUGAUUUCCGACUUGGAGCGACGAUAAUUUCAAGGGCUGAUCCCUAUGCCGCCACUCCUAUAAUCGUUCAACUUUUAUACCCUAGACUCCUUCAGCUUCCAUGUACAUAAUACAGCAAGAAUGAAGACACGCCAACAGCAAGGCUUAU